GGGCUGCGGCGCCGCUGCUGACACUGAUCGGCCGCGGCCGCCACCGGGCGGAGGCUGCGCGGCGCAGACCCAGGCGGGCGGCUCCGGAGGGCGCGCGGCGAUGGCGGCGGCGGGAGGGCGGCGGGUUUGGCGGGCGAGGGGUCCGGGCUGAGCUGCGGGCCGGCCCGGAUGGCGGGCGGCGCGGGCUGGGCGGGCGCCCCCGCGGCUCUGCUGCGCUCCGUGCGCCGCCUGCGCGAGGUGUUCGAGGUGUGCGGCCGCGACCCCGACGGCUUCCUGCGCGUGGAACGCGUCGCGGCGCUCGGACUGCGCUUCGGCCAGGGCGAGGAGGUGGAAAAACUUGUGAAAUAUUUGGAUCCCAACGACCUGGGGAGAAUCAACUUCAAGGACUUUUGCCGGGGGGUGUUCGCCAUGAAAGGGUGCGAGGAGCUUCUGAAGGAUGUGCUAUCGGUGGAGAGCGCCGGGACUCUGCCGUGCGCGCCAGAGAUCCCAGACUGCGUGGAGCAGGGCAGCGAAGUCACAGGCCCCACCUUUGCUGAUGGCGAGCUCAUCCCCAGGGAGCCCAGUUUUUUUCCCGAGGACGAGGAGGAGGCUAUGACGCUGGCGCCACCUGAGGGCCCCCAGGAGUUGGACACGGACAGCCCCAUGGAGAGCCCUCAGAGCCUGGAGGGGUCUGUCGGGAGUCCUGCCGAGAAGGACGGGGGACUUGGGGGCCUGUUUCUGCCAGAGGACAAGUCCCUGGUCCACACUCCAUCCAUGACGACCUCAGACCUUUCUACACACUCCACCACCUCACUUAUCAGCAAUGAGGAGCAGUUUGAAGACUACGGGGAGGGUGACGACGUGGACUGCGCCCCCAGCAGCCCUUGCCCCGAUGAUGAGACCAGGACCAACGUCUACUCGGACCUGGGGUCUUCGGUGUCUUCCAGUGCGGGGCAGACGCCUAGGAAAAUGCGGCAUGUGUACAACAGCGAAUUGCUAGAUGUUUACUGCUCUCAAUGCUGCAAGAAAAUCAACCUGCUCAAUGACUUGGAAGCCCGACUGAAAAACCUGAAGGCCAACAGCCCCAACCGAAAGAUCUCCAGUACAGCCUUUGGACGGCAGCUCAUGCACAGCAGCAACUUCAGCAGCAGCAACGGCAGCACCGAAGACCUGUUCCGGGACAGCAUUGACUCCUGUGACAAUGACAUCACAGAGAAGGUAAGCUUCCUGGAAAAGAAGGUGACAGAGCUGGAGAAUGACAGCCUGACCAAUGGGGACCUGAAGAGCAAGCUGAAGCAAGAGAACACGCAGCUGGUGCACAGGGUGCAUGAGCUGGAGGAGAUGGUGAAGGAUCAGGAGACCACAGCCGAGCAGGCGCUGGAGGAGGAGGCGCGGCGCCACCGCGAGGCCUACAGCAAGCUGGAGAGGGAGAAGGCCACCGAGGUGGAGCUGCUCAAUGCCAGGGUGCAGCAGUUGGAGGAAGAAAAUACAGAGCUUAGAACAACAGUGACUCGGCUCAAGUCUCAAACAGAGAAACUGGACGAGGAGCGGCAGCGCAUGUCUGACCGUCUGGAGGACACCAGCCUGCGGCUCAAAGAUGAGAUGGACCUGUACAAGCGCAUGAUGGACAAGCUGCGGCAGAACCGCCUCGAGUUCCAGAAGGAGCGGGAGGCGACGCAGGAGCUCAUCGAAGACUUGCGGAAGGAGCUGGAGCACCUGCAGAUGUACAAGCUGGACUGCGAGCGGCCAGGAAGGGGCCGCAGUGCCUCCUCUGGCCUAGGCGAGUUCAAUGCCAGGGCCCGCGAGGUGGAGCUCGAGCACGAGGUCAAGCGGCUCAAGCAGGAGAAUUAUAAGCUGCGGGAUCAGAAUGAUGACUUGAAUGGGCAGAUCUUGAGCCUCAGCCUCUACGAAGCAAAAAACCUCUUUGCUGCCCAGACUAAAGCCCAGUCUCUGGCUGCGGAGAUAGACACUGCCUCGCGUGAUGAGCUAAUGGAAGCCCUCAAGGAGCAGGAGGAGAUCAACUUCCGGCUGAGGCAGUACAUGGACAAGAUUAUCCUCGCCAUCCUGGACCACAACCCUUCCAUCCUCGAGAUAAAACACUAAGGCACGGGGCUGGCUGCAGAGCAGCCUUAGGACCCUGGAACCAAGGGGCAGACCCUGCCCAAGGAUGCAGGCCUAAGCCGGGCCUCACACUCACAGUGUAAAUGUCUCUCUGGCCACCGUGCGUUACGUGUACCUGUGUAUAUAUGUGGGGAGGCUGUGCACACGAGCGAGGGGUGAGUGGCCAUGGCUGUGGGCAGCAUCCACACGGUUAGCCGUGCAUGCACUUUGUGGCCCCUUUGCAAGGGGCGGAGGGUACUGGAAGUGGGAGGGGGCAAGGUCUGCUAUCAGGAGUUACUGUAAAAACAAGAACUGGAAGCUCGUGUUUCUGGUACUGGGUAAAAUGAUUCUACCUCUGGGGAUAAGGAUCCACAUUCGCUCUAGUAUGAUGGGCUUUCACCCCACUCCUAGUCCCCUGGGCGUGGGAGCAAAAUUGUGAUCUUUCCUAGGAGUUCGAAUGCCCCAUAUUUGUGUCCUCGCCAGCUCUUUGGCCACCUUUCAAGCCCCGGUGUUCAAGCUCAGAGAGGAUGAAGGGGCAUCUGGAGGGUCCACGAGAUGGGGCCCUCACCAAACGCCUUGGCCGCCGGCCGGCAGCCCUCUGUAAUGUGUGUGCAGAGUGAACAGAGGACUCAGGUUUCAGAGGAGCUAGUGCAGAGCACCCUCAUCCUGUAGAGUUCAUGCACUCCCCAUCCGUGCUACCUACCUCCCCGUUUCUGUUUCGGUUUUAAGACAAUGAAGCAGCAUUCACUGGGUGUAACAUGAAGGGAUAAAAACGAAGGAGAAAGAGAGUUUGGGAUGGGAUGUCUAAGGCAGGAGUUGACAUCAGGCAACCAAAGAAAUGAGUUUUGGGGAGGAACACAACUCCCAUCCCAGUUUCCUUCCCAUGGCUGCAUGUUAAGAUGCAUGCAUGGAGAGACCAUCUUCCUAGCUUCCUGUCUUCAUUCUCCACACAGCCUGGUGAUGGCAGGCCUGGGUUUGGAUUUCAGAAUCUGAGCUCCGGGCUCCACUCAUGUGGCAGCAAGACCGCUUCGUUCCAGCAUUUAGAAACACACCUGUGUUUGCUUCUCAGUCAUGGGAGCGCUCGCUGCACUGGUGGGAGGUGGUUGGGAAAGUUGCAGGAAAACCUUAGUCUUCCAUCCUUCCGAUCCAUGGUGGAAAUUCACGCCAUGGAUUUUUAAUGGAUCUUUUGUUCUAGGCAGCUGGGAAUAGACAUGGUACUUACCUUAGGGUUUUCCAAUUUAUCUCAAUUUUAUAUGGCUUGUGAUUCAUUUUCUUAAUCCAAAUAUAUAUAAACGUGUGUGGUCUUAUU